AUGGCCCGUUUUCAACGCUCUCGUUACCAUGAGCAUCACGGCCUCGAGUACCGGUUGGUGAGCAUGGACAGGUUUGGUGAAGACCUGCAGGAUAUCUUCGACCUACUGGGCCAGACGUUUCGAUUGAGAACCGCCUUCAGCGUCGGCAUGCUCGUGAUCGAUGUCCUGGAGUACGUCUACAGCUACGAAUACAUCCACGCCCGCGCCGACAUGAAGGCGUCCAGCCUGCUACGUGGCUUCGGCAAAGGCAAUGAAAACAAGGUGUGCCUCGUGGACUUUGGUUUGACCUGUCGGUGUUCGCAAAACGGCAAACACAAAAAAUACAAGGAAGAUCUCCGGAAGGUGCAGGAUGGCAUGAUUUCUGUCAUGACUUGGGACAGCGACGUUGGUACAUACUUGCGGAGAGGUAGCAUAAAGAUCCUAGGAUGCACUAUGAUCCAGUGGCAUUGUUGCCGACUGCUCUGGGAGGACAUCCUGAAGGACCCAAAGUAUGUUAUCCAACAGAAGAGCACGCUGACGGAAAUCAUCCCCCUGCUAAUGAGCAAAUGCUUUCCACACGGGGACAUUCCAUGCGGCAUCACGGAGUUCCUCCAGUACGUGGCCUCCAUGAAAUUUGAGGACACGACAGACUACAUACGGCCAAACAAGGAUAUUGGAGAAGGGCGUCUAGGCAGCGGGUAUCAAGACCAACAGCACGAUGCUUUUCAUACCGCCGAAGACGCCGUGGCGCCACUAGUUCUAGCCGAAGAAGCCCGUGCUGCAAGAAAUCUUCCUCGUCGAGGACCGCAUGGAGGUGAACGGGGGAAGAGCGUCCUAGAAAAGCCGCCACCAACCAAGGUCCCCCUCUGCCGCACGACGAAUAUUCGGCAAAAUCGCCGGUCGCCGCGUCUGACACGUCGACCUCACGGCUCGGCGGCGUCUUCAAUCUUGUGUUGCUGUCAGCCCCGUUUUUAG